AAUAACAAAUGGCUCAAGCAGACUUUGAUAGCGGAACUGUGACUCUGCAAAAUUGUAUUUUUAUGACGUUGGUCUUAUCCUGGUAUGAUGAAAUAUUUUUUUGAAAUAAAGAUAGCUGGUCUACCCUUCAUUCCAAGUCAAGGAACGAUUUUGGUAUCCAUUUUACGCUUUAUUAAUAUAUUUUCCAGGCAUUUUUCAUGUGUGAGAAAUCUGAACGUUUUCGCCUUUGCUAAGGAAACUGAUGGUAAAAGUUCUGCUGAAUGUUUUAGAAGAUUGUCCAACUUAAACAAACAACACAUAGGUUUAAAAUGCUGUAAGUCUACCAACGUUCUCCCUUGCCAUACUGAUGUAGAAUUUGUAGAACCGUACUGUUUAAAUAAUAUUGACUGCUUGAUUCCCUGGCAAUUUUACUGGUAUUCAACAUCACCACGGGAGCACUUUGUGUCAGCAAAAAACUAUUUCACGCAUAUUCACCAUUCUCGUGAUACAAAUAAUAAAGAUAUCGGUUCUACCCAUACCUUGAAAACUCACACAUCAACAAAAAUGGAUUUAUCAGAUUCUUCUUGUAAAAGUCUACCUGAUCAUUUGACCGUACAUGCAGCCCAUAUAACUGAAGUUCAUAAUGUUCCAAUGCAAGUUCUGAUACGUCCAAUCCCAUCAAUACUGGAUGAGGAAAAAGUUGUCUCUUUAAUGAAAACUAUUGAGGACCCAGAUACAAGAGACAAUGUUCCACCAAUUGACAUCUUGUGGAUCACUGGCAGAGAAGGGGGCGACUAUUACUAUUCUUUUGGUGGCUGUCACAGAUAUGAAGCAUACAGAAGGUUAAAAAAAGAAACUGUUCCGUGUAAACUGUUUAGAUCUACAGUGGACGAUCUGCGUACCUACCUGGGUGCUUCAACACCUGAUUUGUUAUAGACUGAGUGAUCCAGUGCAUAAUUUUUUUCACAUGUUUUCUUACUCGGCAUAUUUCCAUUAUAUUAAAUUAUCAUGUCUAUGACAUAGCCUAUUUAUAUUAUUGUGAUACAUUUUCUUGUAUUUGUUUUUUUUUAAAAUUGUUUUUGAAGGAUCCAUUUACUUUUUAUCUCACAGUUUGCAGAAAAGUUUUUUUUGGGUUAGGAUUUGGUUAGAAAAAUGAUAGGCUUCUAGGACUAUGAGAUAGAGAGAAUAAUCCAGUCUUAUGUUAAUUUUCCUGAAUUGCAGUUUCAUUACUAAAUGUAAACUUAACUCACCUAUACAUUUUCUUCUCCACAUAAAUUUGUUAUAUUAACUUAUAGUUGCUCAAAUAUUUCAUUAAAGUGUUAAACCAGAAUCAUUACAAUGUUUUAGUUGUCAAUUUUUUUUAUUAAUUUUAAAAAUAAAAUGAGUCUCUAGUGUGAAUUACUUUCCAUAUACACAG